AUGUCCGGAACGUUGGCUGUUGUUAGCCAAUCUGGCAGUUCGAUCAGCUUCUUCGACCUUAGGUCGGGUGAGCGGACUGCAUACAUGCCAGACCUCAUCCCAGAACCACAUGAGCUGGUGUUUGAUGGCAAGCGAAAGGUUAUGUACUGCAGCCACGCCUACCACCAUGGACACUUCUGGUCGCACGGAGAUAAUGGCCACCAGAUCUCGGUCAUUGACCCGGACAAGAAAGAGGUGAUCGGUGUUAUUGAAACAAAGCCGGCACUUGGUCCUCAUGGUCUAGUUCUUGACGCAGAGAGAGACAUCCUGUGGUACAGCUAUGAGGAACACGAAACUGGGUCCACUGGAGGAAUAGUUGGGAUCAACCUCGAAACCCGCAAAGUCAUCAAACAAGUCGGGAGCUCGACCAAGACGCAUUGGUUUGUGGUGACCCCGGACGGCAAAAAGGCCUUCACCUGUAACAAAACAGCGCCUUUCAUCUCGGUCCUUGACUUGGAGAACCAACAGAUGAUUGGCAGGAUCGAGACGCCUAGGGGAACAGAGGAGUGUUCCAUCUCCCUUGACGGUAAACAUGCUUACUUUCCAACACCCGGCACUCAGUUGGGCAAGGCUCAAGAGAACCCCGAAGUUCUGGUCAUCGACACUGCGACGGACAAGAUCGUUUCCAGGAUUCCAUUGGACUACCCGGCCCAGUCAACAUAUGUUACAGGAAACGGAAAGAUUCUGGUGGGCGAGUAUCUGUCUGCUGAUGGCUCGGCCAUAGAGGGCAGGCUGGCAGUUUAUGAUCCGGACUCACACAACCUGGUUGGCGCGACCAAGAUAGGGGGUAUGCCAUUAACUCUGCGUGCCUCUGCGGAUGGCGAGCUCGGAUUCACCGCGAAUAUCCUCGCUGGGACAGUGUCCGUGAUCAAGAUGUCAGGAAUGGAGGUUCUCAAGGAGCUUGUGGUGGACACGGAGCGGAGCAAAACCUCAAAUUUGUGUCAGGGCGCUCAUGGCAUGGUUCAUUUCCCAUGA